UAUUUGGAUAGAUGACUAGACGGAAGAAGUUGUUUGGAUCAACUUAAGGCUUUGAUUAUUUGGUUACUAAAGUAGAUCUGAGAAUCCUACACGUGACUAAAUCAGUGGAGAGGCAGUAGAAUAUUCUGUUGCCUAACUUCAUUCCUGCUUUUUUGCAUUAUUAACUAUACUAAAAAUCAGCAAACUUUAACGAGUGACUGGAGUGAAUUAUGUCGGGUUGUGACUGCAAUUGAGAGGGUCAUCUUUCAUUAACAUGGAACUGGAUAUUAUGUGGCCUGCCAAAAUGAGCCUUGUGGAUAUUACGAAGAUAUUUUCCAUGUUCCAGCCAACGGAUGAAGAUGAUAAUGGAGAAAGAAGUCAGUUAAACCAAGCAAUUUCCAACAAUGAUGACAAACUACUAGCUGAACUUUUAUCCCAGGAAAAGUACAGGAGAUUUAUCAAUAGCCGAAGUGGGUGGGGUGUUCCAGUAACCCCUCUACGUCUAGCAGCUACCCGGGGUCACCUGAAAUGCCUGGAGGUCCUCCUAGCCCAUGGUGCUGAGGUGGAUGGUUUAGAUGUGAAAGCUCAAACACCUUUAUUCACCGCUGUCAGUGGUAAGCAUUUAGAUUGUGUCCAAGCCUUGCUAAGGGCUGGAGCUAAUCCUAAUGGUAGUAUGUAUAACAACAGCUCACCUCUUUUGAUUGCUGCCAGAGAAGGGGAUGUGGAGAUUUUAAAGGAACUGUUGGAUCAUGGAGCAGAAGUCAAUGUUCGCUCCAAGAUGCCGAAUUGGGCCUACAAUCCCUGUGCUACCAGUGGUCCUCUCUACCUUUCUUUGGUUUAUGGACACUUUGACUGCUUUCGUCUUCUUCUUCUCUAUGGAGCCAAUCCAGAUUUUAACUGCACUGAGGAAAAACUACUGUCUAGAAUUAAAUCACCAAAGACAGCUCUGGAGAUGUGUUUUAAAUAUGGCUGUGGAACUGAGUACGUUCAGCUGCUCAUAGACUUUGGAGCAAACCCUUAUUUGCCGGAUCUGUCUGCAAAUAAAAGUAUAAAGCAAAGUGAAGUGCUUAAACUUGUGGAUAGAGCCAGAGCUCAGCCGAGGUGCUUGAAGUCACUGUCCAGGAUAACCAUCCGCAAAUACCUCAAAGAAGCAAGUGGACUGCAUUCCAUUGACCAGCUAGACAUACCACCAAUUCUAAAAAACUAUGUGAAGCACCAUCUGAGUUGACUGUUGAGUCUUUACAUACAUAUAUGGUUUGCGUUCAGUAGAGUUCAGAUCAAUUUAGCCAAAAACCUUUCUUUACAAUGUGUAAUUUUAAAAUUGUGAUUUUCAUCUGCAACAAAUAUCGACUGAGGUGGGGCAUUUUACUUCAAUGGUCAUGAAACUAACUAUUAUUACAGAUUGGAAUUGUCCAAUCUAUUAAGUCAUAGGGAAUUCACAAGCUUCAGCUGUGUGGUAUGGAAAAGGGAAAUUUAGGUGUAUUCUGGCUGGCAGAAUUUCUUAAUUUAACUCGAAGAUAGUACACAACACUAUACAAAUACUUCCAUGAAUAAUUUAAAGGAAAAUUUUGAUAGACAUGACACAUUUUACAACAGAGUAAAUUCUAAGAUAUUCAGGCAGUUAUAGAUCAGAAAGGAUAUGUGAUGUAAAGUAAUUGUCUGUUUAUUUAAUACAUAGUGCCGAUGUGUGGGUACCUAAAAAGGGCCGAAUUGUGAUGCCUACCACAGUUGAGGUACCUGAUGACAUUUUUAUGGGCCCUAGCUUAACUAUUUAAUGAAUGGGCCCUUUUUGUUUAGGUUUACACAUGAAAAAUUCAGAUUUAUUUUAGAUACCUCAAUGCCAUUCAGUAGUUGGUGAAUGAGGUGGGAAGAAAAUAAAAGGGCUGAGAACGGUAAGAGAAUAAAGAGACUUCCACUGAAAAAAAUGGAGUACUUCUCCUCCCUUAAUAUAUUUACAGUUUGUGCAGUAGGUAAAAUAGAAAGUAUAACACCCACAAAUUGUUAUGAAAUUUAUGUUUUCACCUUUUUUCAAUUGCUAGCAAGAAAUGGUAUGUUGUUCCUAAGUAUUCCACAAAAUACAGGAUCCACUUCAGAUAUUGAAUGACUGUAUCUUAUGCAAAUAA